AAGAAGAAGAGGAAGGAGGAGGAGGGCAGGGGAAGCAGCGGAAGCAGCGUGCUGAUUGUUUUCCGGUUGUGAUUGUUUCCCGUUCUUGUGCCUUAAAAGUUGUUUUUGUGACGUGAAGAUGAGCAGCAGAACUUUUCUUCAUUGCGAAACGUCUUCUCUGCUGCAGCACAACAACAGGCUGCGCGCGCACCUCGAGCAGCAGCCCUUCAACUACAAGGCGACAGUGCUGCUCCCCGAUUGUGGCUGCGUUCCCGCUCAACUGGACUCGGCAUUGAAGAGUUUCCAAAGUUUCUACCUUGUCCGGAAGCUUCCGCUCUAUGAACUACUGGACAAACACCUCAGCCGAGGAGGCGUGUGCGGCCUGUCCUACAAGACUCGCAUAGAGGAAGACAACUGCGCCUUCCUCAAGCCAAAUGGACACCUGUGCCUGUCUCUGGACAAAGACUCAUACGAGCGGUUGGGCAUUGAAGGCAAAGCGUGCAAACCAAAGUCCAGCAGAUACGUGGUCGUCGUGGAUUUGACUGACAGCAGCGUGGCUCCGGGCGGGCGUGGCUACCAGCGUCUCCUCAGUGGCCUGACGUCACGCCUUCCGCUAAAGAUGGACUUCCUGUUGGCGCCUCAUUCAGGUGGCAGAGACGCACUCGAGCUGCUGCUCUCAAGAUACGAUUGGUCACAACACAUGCCAGAGGUCAGCAGUCGCCUUCUGACUGACCUGACCUGCCCUGCCCCGCUGACCUCUGACCUGCACUCAUACGACCCCUUAAGCUUUCUGGAGUGGCUCGGGGCCGUCCAAGCCGACGUCAGCCGCGCCAACGCCGCCGACAGCUUCCUGUCAUCGCUGGCGUGUCCUCAAGAAUCCGUCGCGUCUUCUCCGAGCUCGUUUCUACUCUCUGCGCGCGGUCUGCUGCUUCCUGAAAACGUCACGACGCUCAUCCGGCAGCUCAGGCACUUCCUGGAGCGGCCCCACUCCCCGCCGUGGGCGGCUGUGACGGUUUACGGCUUUGCGGACAAUCUGUAUGCGCACGAGCGAAACUUUUACACGCUGAUGCUCUUCCCUGACCACGCCUACUCUCUGCACCUGGCCACGCCCGCCUCAUGACCACACCCACCGGUUGAAAAACUUCAAAUGGACUUGGACGUUUAUCAGGAGAGAAAAUAUAGUUAAUAACUUGAAAUGUCCAAUUUCAUCGAAACAUAUUCUUAGGUCGGCACAUAGGUUAAAUUACAAAAGUUUUUAUUAUGCUGAGAAAUUGUUUUGUUUGGAAGAGCAUUUUACUUUGCCACAAA